AUGGCACCGCAACCUUCAAUCGACGCCACAGGCGACGGCAACCUCUACAGUUGGGAAGAUAUUGUCGCACGCAAGACGGAGCGUGGCCAGAAUGCUAUUCCCAACGACUGGCGACUCUCAUCCGAAAUCUUGUCCAAGCUGUCUUUCCCACUCGAGAGCCAUGCAAACCGAAUCGUGGACCUGGACAUACCGCGCAAAUCGGGCAUCCUCUCCGCCCGGGAGCUCGAAAUCACCGAGAACUACUCUGUGCUCGAGCUGUUGGAAAGGUUAGCCUCUGGCGCGUUUAGUUCUCUCGAGGUGACAACUGCUUUCUGCAAAAGAGCCGCGAUAGCUCAACAGCUAUUUUCCUGCCUGACGGAAAUCUUUUUCGUCGAGGCCAUAGAGCGUGCAAAAGCUCUGGAUACCAUUCGCGCCGAUGCAAAGCAGCCUCUGGGCCCACUGCACGGACUGCCAAUCAGUCUCAAGGACACCUUCAAUGUCAAAGGCCACGAGACAAGCAUUGGAUACGUAUCUUUUUUAGGGAAGAAGGCAGAAAAGAAUUCUCACCUCGUCGAGAUACUCCUGGAGCUCGGCGCUGUGCUCUAUGUCAAAACGAACCUCCCCCAGACAGUCGCGACCGGCGACUCCCACAACAAUAUCUUCGGGCGAACACUAAAUCCACACAACACCAUGCUGAACGCUGGCGGUUCGACUGGUGGCGAAGGCGCUCUGGUUGCUUUCCGCGGUUCGCCUCUGGGCAUCGGUACCGAUCUCGCAGGUUCGAUUCGAAUCCCCGCUGCUUGCUGUGGCACAUAUGGUUUCAAGCCAACAGCCUCCCGCCUUCCACAUGGUGGCCAGGCGUCAGGCGGACUGCCCGGCCUGCGGGCCAUGCUAUCGGCCUCAGGCCCACUAGCGAACGACUUGAAAGCCUUAGAGCUUCUGACUAGAGUCGUCAUUGACGCAGUCCCUGCGCGGAAGGACGUCUCGGCUCUCGACAUUCCGUGGCGCAGGCUCAGCAACUCUCAGCCUGACACCAAGUUGCGGAUCGGCGUCUUCCCAGAAGAGCCGCUGUAUCCUCUACAUCCUCCUGUGAGGAGAGCUUUGCAAGAAGCCACCAGGAUCCUUCAAGAAGCUGGCCACAAGCUGGUGCAGAUUGACACGAACGAGGCCCGGAUCAAUGCAGCCUCAGAGGUUGCUUGGGAGCUACUUGGACUUGACCCUGGGAGGACAGUCAUCCGACAUAUCACGAACAGCGGCGAGCCAUUCGUCCCCUCAGUCAGCACCAGAGAGCCUCCUGCGACGUUUGGCGAUUUCCAAUUUCUGCACGAUCAGGCCGGCCUAGAACCUUUUCACCGCUACGCAGCAGUCAAUCUCAAGAGAGACGAGCUGCAGGAGUCCUGGAUGAAGACUAUUUGGACGGAGAAAAAUCUCGAUGUUGUCAUCGGACCGGUUGCCAGGAGCACUGCCGUACCGCAUGACACGUUCGGCUGGCCGGUCUACACUGUCUUUGUGAAUGUCCUCGAUUAUCCUGCUUGCGUUAUUCCGUUCUCGAGGGCCUCAAAGGAACUCGACCCAAUAGCCGUGAGGAGGAAAGAGGGAGAGGGAGGGCCAGAAUACCUACCCGAUCUGCUUGAUGCCGCCCCGUGCUCGAUCCAGAUCUUCACCAGCCGCUUCAGAGACGAGGAGUGUUUGGAGCGUAGUCGAAUAAUUGACCAGUGCUUGAGAAGUCAUUCGGGGUAA